CUGCCGCUUCCUCACGGGCCGUUCUUCAUGAGCAGCCUUUUCAGAGCAGCCGUGCUAGCGCGGUAGGUGAUUUCGCACCCUCCCGGCAGGAUGGGGUCUGGCUCAUCCUCUCGGAAGUCUGGCGCGCUUCGUGCUGUGAUCCCGCACCAUCCAACCCCUCAGCAGCUAUGUGAAGAGCCUUUGCAGGCGCACUGGAGUGUAUCAGUUUUUAUGGUUUGCGGUUGGGAAUAUGCUUUGUAUGUAUUUUGGGAGUGUCUGGAUGCAAGCAGAAACUUCUUGGUUUAUUUAAGACGUGAUUCAGUAGGGUUCUGCUCCGCAUCCGAGAGGUGCCGGCACCUUCAGCACCCUUGGCCUCCAGCAUCCAGCCGGGUCAUUCCCUUCCGUCUGCAGGGGAAAAGGUUCGGGUCAUAAUGGUGCUGGCAAAUUUCAUAGGCUUCAUCUGUCUGGUUAUACCCUAUCAUACUGUCAUCUCAAACUGGAUUACCCCUCAGUUAAAUUUGUUUGGAUUGUGCUGUAAAUUAUUGAACAAACCUAAAGUGACCACCUGGGACUUAAAUAAUUUAUGUGCAACUACACAUGUGUUUCUGCUGGUUUAGCUAUAUUACAUUUUUAAAAGCUGGAACAUGUCUGGUUUAUGCAUGGCCUUGUUGUAUGCAGUUUGAUAUAGUGAAAAGCUUAAAUAAUCAUCUAAGUACUGCUGAGCUGUAGCUGAGCUGCUGGUGCCUGUGGUUACAACACCCGAAGAGAAGGAUGAAAGCAGAACCAGCCAACUCAAACUCAUGAUAGUUAUUGAUUUGACACAAUGUUGUGCAUACUGACUGCUGGUUGAAUCAGGUUGCUACUGUUCCUUUCACUUUUUUGUUUUCUGAAUUUUUUCUGAUUCUGUUUUUGAGGAUUCAGAUAGCACAGUGAGAGGCCCUGAUCGCAACAUCUUGAUUUUGUUGCAGCAAAUGUAAAAAUUAUGCCUGUGUUUUCUGGAAAGGCAGACGGUUCCUUGCAUUAUCAGAUAAUAUUUCUACUCGCCUGGUUGCCCUCUCUUGUUUGCACGUUGGAGCAGCUGCCAGUUGCCGUCCCUGGGAUAAUCCCUCUAGCCUGCAGCCUGGUCCUUUGUGCACACCUGAGCUGCUCCAAAGAGCUCUGUCUGAUGCUAAAAUCAUGGGGAAGCUAAGUAAUAGUUUCAGGAUACUGAGACAGGAUAACAGCAUUCUUGCUUCAGAGAAACUUCAUCUGAUUUGAGCUGUUAGUCUUGGUAUCCUAGUCACUUACUCUGGUAGUUUGGGGAUCACGUGAAUUUCCUAAAUUCACAUAGUUUCCUUACAAAACUCUGGGACUUGGGAUUUUUGCAUCUCCUUGCUAUUAAAGUUCAUCAAGACAAUUAUCAUUGCCCAUACUUCUGGCUUUUAUUAUGUCCCUCUCCCAUUCAGAAUGCUGGUACUGAUGAUAUUUCUUGGCAUUCUGUGCUCUCUGUGUUAGCUCUUUAUAGGUGUCUCAGUUGUCUUUAUCUCUCAUUGUGUUGAGCUUGGGUUUCUCAUAUUGAAAGGCGUUUUGCAGUUCUUUCUAUUCCAGUUCAUUAUUUUGUUUCUCACUGAAUUUUACCAUCCACUGUGUCUGCUUCCCAUGUACUUGCAUUUGUUCCCUUCCUCAUAGGUACUGUGGGCCUUCUGAGUUAAUGUUUAAAGCCACAAACCUAUCUGUGCAUGAAGUUCCUCAAAUAGAGCACGUUACUGGCAUUAUAGGACAGUGUGAUUAACACAACUGGCUGUGUUUGGCUAGUUGAUGAUUAUCUAAUACCAGGAUGUGGAACCUUCCUGAGGGAUAAAACUGAACUGUAGGACUAGAAGAAUAAAGAGAAGCUGGAUUGAUGAGAACUAUAAGAAAGCGUACAGCAGUUUGGAAUGGAUUGAUUUGUGAUACAUCUGAUAUGUGAGAGCUACAUUUUGUGUUGCUGUUGUCCAGCUGCUGCUGGAGUACUUCAGCUGACUUCAUUGCAGCAAGCCCAAGUGCUACGUCCUCUCCACUAGCAGAACAUAAGCAAGUGUGAUGCUGAAAUGAGAUGAGGCUCCGAAAUGGAACUGUGGCCACCGUGUUAGUUUUCAUCACUACUUUCCUCAGUUUGUCCUGGUAUACUGCAUGGCAAAAUGGGAAAGAAAAGCUGAUUGCCUACCAGCGGGAGUUCCACGCGUUGAAGGAGCGGCUGCGCAUCGCCGAGCACCGCACGCUGCAGCGCUCCUCGGAGCUCAACGCCAUCCUGGAGCAGUUCCGCAGGGCCGUGGCGGAGACCAACGGCAGCAAGCAUGCCAUGAAUAACUUCUCAGACGAGACGCUGAAAUUGUUAAAAGAGCUAACAAGUAGAAAAUCUCUUCAAGUGCCAAAUAUCUAUUACCAUUUGCCUCAUUUGUUGAAAAAUGAAGGAAGCCUUCAACCUUCUGUGCAGGUUGGCCUUGGAAGGACAGGAGUUUCCAUUGUAAUGGGAAUACCUACAGUGAAAAGAAAAGUCAAGUCUUACCUUACAGAAACUCUCCACUCCCUUAUUGAUAAGCUGUCCCCUGAAGAAAAACUGGAUUGUGUUAUGGUUGUCUUUAUAGGAGAGACUGAUCUUGAUUAUGUUAACAGUGUUGUUGCAAGCCUGGAAAGAGAGUUUUCUACAGAGAUCAAUUCUGGCUUGGUGGAAGUAAUAGCUCCUCCUGCAACAUACUAUCCUGACUUGACAAACUUGAAAGAAACAUUUGGAGACUCAAAAGAGAGAGUGAGAUGGAGAACAAAACAGAACUUGGAUUAUUGUUUUCUUAUGAUGUAUGCCCAGAAAAAGGGAGUUUAUUAUAUUCAGCUUGAAGAUGACAUUGUUGUCAAGCAGAAUUAUUUCAGCACAAUAAAAAAUUUUGCACUUCAGCUUGCUUCUGAAGAUUGGAUGAUUCUAGAAUUUUCUCAGCUGGGUUUCAUUGGUAAAAUGUUCCAGUCUCCAGAUAUCACUCUUAUUGUAGAGUUCAUAUUUAUGUUUUAUAAGGAGAAACCUAUUGAUUGGCUCCUGGACCAUAUCCUCUGGGUGAAAGUGUGUAACCCUGAGAAAGAUGCUAAACAUUGUGAUCGACAGAAAUCUAACCUACGGAUACGCUUCAGGCCUUCUCUUUUCCAGCAUGUUGGCCUCCACUCUUCUCUAGCAGGGAAGAUCCAGAAACUCACAGAUAAAGACUUCCUGAAACCAUUACUGCAUAAAAUCCACGUGAAUCCACCUGCAGAGGUUUCGACAUCUUUAAAAGUCUACCAGGGGCAUACGCUAGAAAAAACCUACGUAGGGGAAGAUUUUUUCUGGGCUGUCACACCAGUUGCUGGAGAUUAUAUUCUCUUUAAAUUUGACAAGCCAGUCAAUGUAGAAAGGUACUUGUUCCACAGUGGCAAUCCAGAGCAUCCAGGAGACAUACUUCUAAACACAACUGUAGAAGUUUUGCCUUUUCAGAGUGAAGAACUGGUAUUAAGCAAAGAAACCAAAGACAAACGCUUAGAGGAUGGUUACUUCAGGAUAGGGAAGUUUGAAAACGGUGUAGCUGAAGGAACAGUUGACCCCAGCCUAAAUCCUAUUUCAUCAUUCCGGCUUUCAGUGAUACAAAAUUCAGCCGUUUGGGCAAUUCUCAAUGAGAUUCAUAUUAAAAAGAUUACAAACUGAUCAUGGAAAUCUGCUUUAGAGGAAAAAGAAUUCUUGAAAAUUCUUCCUAUAAAAUCUGACAUCCUUAGCAAGUCACAAAUUGAAAAUACUGAGCAUGCACCUUAUUCCAAAUGUCAUUCUUUUUCACUUGAACUCUACCUCUUGUGAAAUCUACUGUAGAUGAGAAGAUUGUAUUUACCCCUUCUUAUCUGAUCCAUCCAGAAACUGAUGCUCCACACUGAUAACGUUCGACUGAGGCCCAAGUUGUCCUCCACUGUAAUGUGACUUUACCAUCUUAUGGUUGCAGAACCCUGCUACGCUUAACCUGUACUAUUUUGAUAGUAUAGUAAUAUAGAGUUGUACAUAUUGUUACAUUCCUUGAAGAAAAAAAAAUAUAAUUAUUGUUAAAUAAGUUUUAUGAAGGGGGUACUUUCGGAGUUCCAUUUAUUUUCUAUAACAAGAACCCUCUUUUAUAGACUGUCAGGGAUAUAUAUUAAAAAUGCUAGGGAUAUUUAAUUUAUUAAAAUAAUUUGAAAAGUACAUAUUUUUAUGCGGUAAAAUUUUAAAUUGAUAUAGUUUUUUUAUGAAUUCUCUAGUUUAAGUUAUCUUUCUACAUUUUUCUUUGGAGAUGCAAACAUAAAUUAAUACCAUAUUUCAAAUAUACUGCCAUGUUAAAAAGAAAACAAGAUUAAGUUUCUAAAUUAUGUAGUUUUAUACACAGAAUCUGAAUGAUGUUCAGAGGCAUAAACAGAGUUCUGAAGAACAUUUUUCUUUGGGGCUAUGAAAUUCCACGAUGUACAGUUUGUAGCCACAUAAAAAGCAUGUUGAAAUGUCUUGUUUCAUAUUAUGUACUAAAUCUGCAGUAAUUUUAGAUUUAAUCCAUUGCAUUUUAGAAGAAUUUUUUUUUACUCCAAACCAGUUCUUUCUAAAAAUAUUUGUAAGCAUUUCCUAGACUGAACAAAUUCAUUUUCUGUACUGAAGAAAAUCAUUCUCCAGCUUUGCUUUGGAGUGACAAGAGGCUACCUUUUAUCAAAAGAAUGAACAGUAGAUGCAUUUGAUUUACAGAGGUCUCCUUUUAAAAAGCUCUGUUAUCACAGCAUUUAUUUUGGAUACAUUAGUGAGUAGUUACAGGUUAUUUUCUUCCUUUGUUUAAGAGCAAGGUCUUAGUUUGACUCCUUUAUGGAUCAGUAUGGUAACUUGCACUAACUUUAUAGUGGGAACUGAAUUUGGCCUCAAGUUAGUAGCCUGCCUUUUUGUUUCAAGGGAGACAACAGUGAUCUUAAAUGAAUCAGAAAUUCGGUCAGGAACAGAACGUGGUCUGGAUUACAAUCAGAGUGGAACUGUUGCAGUACUAAUGCUGCUGCUGUUCCUAAGAGUCCUUCUGCUUAGAUGCUUAUGUGUAAGGACUCAGGCAUGAGAAAAUUUCAGUUAGUCAGAAAUGGCCAGGAAAAAGAGAGGCAGGAAUUCCUCCCUUUUAUUAGGAAUGAAGUGCCUGAUUGACAUUGGAGGGAGGCAUCCACGCUGGCUUGGGUAUUGUCAGUUGUGCUGUGAACCAGCCUCCUGGAACUGACAUCUCAAAAGCUGGCCAGCUUUCCCUGUGGAAAAAACACACUCUCUGCUACCCCCAACACAGAAUCAUAGAAUCACUUAAGUUGGAAAAGACCUUUAUUGUCUUUGUGAUCAGGGCACAGAUGCACAAAACCUGUUGCAGCUUCCCUGAUCUAGAGCAGGGGUCUUGAAUUUGUACUUCCCUAUUAAAGCUCAGCUGAUAGAUUUGGGCUCCCUUUCAUGAUAGGCUUGUAAGGAGCAGGAGCCUAAAGCUGCCUCGCUAGCACUGCAAGCACCACUGGAUUAGAGUGUCAACCUGUCUUCUCUUCUGCCUUGUUGGAGAAUUGUGCCAUAGCUUUGACAGUUCAGCAAUAUUCAAGUUGAAGAACUUAACUACUUCUACAAUGUUGUUAUUUUGGUUUAGCUAUGUUGUCUGGGGACACAGGGAUGACGAGAUUUGUAUGCAGAGCAAGACCUUCUGUUUAGACUGACUGCUGUAAGUUCAAGAAAAAGGAGAUACCAAGCAGACCUUGUUUACUUUUCCUGAUUGCAUCAGGUGGUAUAAAUAAAAUGUUACUUGGAACGCUUGUGUUGCCCAUGGAUGUUGUGGGCAUAAGCUAAGCACUGGUCACAUAAAUGGAGUUUAUUCUAGGAUUUGGGAAUGUGGGUGUCUAGGCUCUGAAUCCCAUGUGACUCUAGCCUAUUGUGGUGCUACAGCCCCGUUUGUUUGUACAAUGCCCUGCCGUCAAAAUUUUUUUUAAUCACACAUCAGCUAGCAAAGGUCUGAGAAAAUAUUUAGGUUUUCUUCUCAGCUUUGUCUGUAAAUGAAUGAUGCAAGUUAUUUAAACUAGGGAUAUUUAUUACAAUCCAGACUGCAGAAAUACAUUAGAUAUUGCAGUUUCUUAAUGUAAUUACUUUUGCUGACAGUGACCUUUUCCAUUUCUCUGUGAGUCUGGAAGUUUACUGGUACUAUUUAUGUAAGAAACCUGUGUGCUUAUUCUAAAAGCAUCACUGUUCCUGAUAUUUCACAGUGGUUAAGAUGAAUCACUGCUAAUAUAUUUAAACAGAACCCGUACCACAUUGAUUGCAAGACUGGUCAGUAGUAUAUUUAGUUUUCAAAAAUGUUGAGAAGAAAUUUAUCCAAGACAACAAAUUAAACUAAUGUGUGGUAAAAAGUGGAUUGUUUUCUGAACAUUGAUGCAUUUUUAUUACACUGUAGUAGCAGGAGUUGAAAAUACUCUGGGCUGCUUCAAUACUUACAAUGUUCCUGAGCUUACAGGCUCUCUAGAUAAAGGUGUCAAUGAAUACAAAUUAUAUUUCAUAGAUACAGGUAAAUUCAGAGCUGGUGUAAUCAGGUAAUUUAUUUCUGUAGACAGCUAUUUUUGGCUUUGUACCUUUAAAUUCCAAAUCAGGUUAAAGUGGUGCAAGACUCCUUCCUGGUAGUGUGGUGAAGUAAAAACUUCACCAUACUACCUGGUAUGUACAGUGAAGUAAGAACUCCUGGGCUGUUUGGCUCAUCAGCCUUUAGCUUGGGUACUGUUUGUGAGUGGAUCUGCACCAGUGAUCCAGUGUCUCCUGCACGUCUUCAUUGUAAGGGACAAUAUUGCCAUAAGAAAUCUUAAACAGCAUCUUUAAUCUAUGACCUGUUUUGAGGCAGUUUUCCCUACAUGUGUUCGAUUUCAAGUUAGUUUUGUUGUCACCUUAAAAUCCCCUUGAGGCUGCUGAAUCUUAGUUAUCCAAUAACGGAAAGUGUUUGAAAAAAACCUGCACUGUCCUAUACUCCUGUUAGCUCCUUCUGAUGCUGUUAAAGCUUCAGAAAAGCAAACUGUGAAACCAAAGGCAUAGCCAGAAACCUUCAUUACCUGGGCAAAUGAACUUCUUAUACUGGAUGCCAAACAGACUGGCUGAUGUGAAUAUUUGCUUUUUUUUGAGCUGAUCAGGAUUGCUCGGGACCAAGAAAACACAAGACUGCCAGUAUAAUCUUGCUUUGCUCAUUCAGUGGGUCAUCCUGCUGAACACUUUGUAAAUAAUGUGAACAGGAUGUGAUAAUUAGAGUGUUUCUAAAGCACUGUAUAAGGCUUUGAGCUUUUGCAGGCAUCUCAACCGUGUGUUUUCAUUGAUGGAAAAAAUUCCUAUGGAUGUAUUUUUUUUUGUACUUAAAGAUGGCUUAGAAAAAUUCAGAUAGAUGUAAUUCAUGGACCAAGAAAAGACUGGAGUGUUCUGUCGUAUCACUGCUUGUCUAGCUGUUUUGAAGCAGUUUUUAAAUACCUUGAGUCAGUUUAGAGCAAAGCAAUUUAUACUUUGCCUGUGUGAAACACAGUUCCUUGAAUGAGCUGAAGUGUGAUUAGUUUUUGGAAAAAUUUGGAAACUGUGUACCAGUUUCCUUUUUUUUUUUCCCCAGAUAUAUUAUAAUCUCAGUAAUCUCUGUAUUUUGUUGGAAGUACUUGCUCCAGAUGAAGUAUCAUAGUAGUUUAUAGUUCACCUCCAACUUGGAAAGUAUUAUUUUAGUCUCGUAGAGGAAAAGAAAAAUGAAAUCCUCUCAAGCCUUGCUCCCCUAAAAUAUAUGAAUCCAAGGUUCUACGUUUGCUCUUACUAGGAAUGAUGUAUUCUGAAAAAGCUAGACCAAGUUACUCUAGCUAGAAAGGGGGGGCAAAAAAAGUCCUUGUGUUUUUGAAUCAUCUUUACAAUCACCAGCAUAAGGCUGAAAAGCUAUUAAACAACUGGUGUUUUCAGCUAGCAUUGGUUGCUGAUGUACAACACACAGCCCAUGGAGACCUGGUGAAUUAGUCCUUGAGUGUCACCCUUAUGACUUUAGCGGUCUCUAAAGGGUUUUGCUAAAUUCUGCUGUAAACAGUGAACUGCUGGAAGUUGAAGUAGCUUAAUUUUGAGAAUGAAGCCUUGUUUCAAGCGGAAAAACGCUAUCUCUGAAGAGAAGGUACACAGGCCCCAAGUCCUUCAAAAGCAUCGCACCACAGGCCACUAAAUCUGAAGUAUUUUUACUGUUGAACUGAAGUGGAUGAUCAGUGAUGCUAGGAUUCCUGUUAGGGAAAAUGUGUACAGUUAGGCUGCAGCUGCCUGCAGGACAGGAGCUUGUGCUGUUAGCCAGGAAGGGAGCAGAUCCUGACUGGAAUCCUUCACCUUCCAUGGAUCAGCAGUUCACUGCUUUCCUUGUUUAAAGGAGAACGUUGCUCAGCAUCUGCUGAGAGGGAAACAUGAAUCUCUUCAAGCCUUAACAGUGGCUGAAACACACAGUACUGUAAGAUGCACUGCCAGCAUAUUUGGUAUUUUAAGAUAAAUUAUAGUUUUUCCUUAGAGAUCAAAUUCUAGUAUUGAAAUUGUCUUACUGUAACCAGUUUACUCUUGUGUUGUUUUGGAACCUGAAUCCCAGUGCUCAUGUUUCAUGCUGAACAUUGCAUUGGAAAGCUGUCAUCUUCACUUUCCAUGAGGUAUUGUUUGUGAUGGUCAGUUUCUACUUCUGCCUUGUGGACUUCACAGCUGCAGGCAUUGCCAUGAGCCCACCCCUGUAGCCAAACCUUCCAUGUUCAUUGAUUGACCUGACACUCAGAAUGGUGGAUGUAGUAAUACCCACUGGACUGCUAGAGAUUGGGUUUAAAACUUGCUGCUAUCUUUGGAAACCUGAUAUGGGUCAUGUUAAUUGUGCCUUUCAUCACUGUUUCUUCUGUGUGCCAGAGUUGUCCAUGUAUAUUUGAAGUAGUCACUGAAGUAAAUCUGUUCUCAUAAUCUCUCAUACAAGGAGAGGACAGAUGUGUAUCUAGAGACAGCUGUUGCUUUACCAUCGCAACACUACUGAUCUGUACUUUCACACAGUCCCAAGGCAAGGUAUUCCAAUAUUACUCUUCAAUAAAACUGCUUUUUGGUGUCACUUAAACCCCUCAUAAUGUAGAGCUUAUGCCGGUAUGUGCAUAGUAUCUGCAGUAAGAGUUAUGCUACAUAGACUUGUUGCAGUUAAAUUUAAGCUACAGAAAUGUACAAGUAACUUGUUUUUAGGAAUGUACUGCGAAAGUAUUUGGAAAAAAUUGCUAACAUGUUUACUGUUGUAAAUAUUUUAAUAAAAAAAGGACACUUCAAACUUUUUUACACAAUUAUCUACAAUAAAGAGAAAUUUACAACCA